GUUGUGUGGGUCGGAGGCCGGUUUAGGCCCAGUCGUUGCAGCCGCAGGAGGAGUCGCCGUCCCCGGGAGCUGCCCACGGCUGGAGCCACUUUGGGACCGGCUGCGGACUCCACACGUGUGCCCCACAGCGUGUCCACCUUGACCAGCAUGCGCUUCUGGAUCAUCAUGGUGAUGAUGAUGGUGGGGAGCAGCACUGCCCUGCACGCCACCCGGGCAGCCCCAUAGCGCCGGCUUCGUCAGUACGCCCGCUCACUCGCUGCAACACCGGCCGUCCGACAAAACAGAAUUAUCAGCAAGAGACGCCUAAAGACGUGGGUUUGAAUCACGGCCUCAACCAAAUGCGACCAAGACGAGCAGAAGAGUGAUACGGGGAGAAUGGACGGCUGAAAAUGGAACGGGAUACGGCUAAUGAUCCGAAGUUGUCAGUGGCAGAGGGUCCGCUGGUCGUCCUGCGGAGAUUGCGACUUCCACCCCGGUACCACAGUGUAUCGGCAUCGAGAGGAAGUUCAACCCAAACAACAUGUCAGGCUCGGCCAGGGUCACUCGAUCCACUGGGGUCUGAACAUCAGCGACCUUCGGAUGUGGAAGCACAAAGCUCCAUCCACGGCGGGGAGAAACCGUUUGUGGGGUCAGAGGAUGGGCAGUCGAACUCCACGUGGAAAUGUGGGGACUGCGGGAAGGGAUUCCGUUUCCCGUCCCUGCUGGAAAUUCAUCGCCGCAGUCACACCGGGGAGAGGCCGUUCAUCUGCUCCGUGUGUGGGAAGGGAUAUGUCUCUUCAUCUGCCAUGGUGACACACCAGCGGGUUCACACCAGGCAGAAGCCUUACACCUGCCCCGUGUGCAAGAUGUGGUUUCCAGCCAUGUACCUCCUGAAGGCACACAGGCCAGCUGGGCAGGUAGCCCACAACAUGGUGAAGAGUAUUUGGUCUUUGGUCUUCUGUGCAAUACAUGUCGUCGAAACUCACAGCAGGGUAAUUCAAUUUACUGAGAAAAGCAUGAAGAAGUCUGAAGAAUGUGCAGCUAAGUGGGUAGAAGUGGAAAAAUGUCUGGAAAGCAAAGUCGCUGCUCAGUUGCUGCAACGCAAAGAGUACAGCCAAGUCAUGGGACUAGCGCAACAUUGUGAAGAAACUGGAGCUGGAAGGGGGCAGCAGUGUAUCCCGGGUUAUCAUGCCGAUUGCUAUCGUCACUUCUGCAACAUAACAACGAUAAAUCGAGCUAUAGCAAGGUCUCAAAGGAACAAAGUUCAAUCCACAGACGCUGAGAAGCCUGAAGCAGGUGAAUCGCCUCAAGAGGCAGUUCCUGAUGGUGAAGCAGAUGAGCCGGCCUCAAAGAGACUGCUUCGGAACGUGACAAGUGAUGGUCAACAAGCAGCUACUGUCCAGCACCCUGACCACAGGCAUGUCCUACCAGUUCAUUGCAUCAUCUGUAAAAGUUCAAAGUACAUCAUAAAAAAAGCCACGGGUAAACGGAGAGUAGAGAAAUUAGUACGAUGUGAAACAAAACAAGGUGGGCCGUUAAUGACUGCUGCGACCAUGAAGAAAGAUGAAGCAUUGCUAUUACUCAUAAGAGAUCGAGACCUUGUAGCUAUUGAAGUGAGGUAUCAUAAAUCAUGCUACCUUAGAUACACCAAAGUUGUCACUAAUUUUGUAAAAAUGAGUGAACAAGAUGAUGAGCAGCAGGUGUAUGAGAAGUCCUACUCUAGUUUCUGCAAGAGAGUCAUCGAGGAGAGAAUCAUCCGUGGCAAAGAGAUCCUAAGACUUGCUAAACUUAAUAAACUGUUCAUCGUUGAGGUUCGAGAGGUUGAGGGCUUGGAUGCAUCAUCUCACAAGACGGGCUGCUUGAAGGCAAGGUUGAAGAGAUCCCAUCCUGUGUUAUGUUUUACAAGGCCAUUUAGGCCAGCAGAAAGUGAAAUUGUAUUUGUGGAAUCAUUUGCUGUCGAAGAGCUGGUUGAGGGUGUUGUACAAGUGAAUUCAACUGAGGCCGGUGAGAGCAACGAAACUGUCGGUGAAAGUCAACAAGGAGGAUCAUCGUCCCAUCACCUCCGUGACGUGUUUCAUGCAGCCCAGAUAGUUCAGAAUAGCAUUGCCAACUCAACAAACCCCAUCCGAUGCCCCCCAACUUCUGAAGACACAACAUUACAUAAGGCUGAAGAGGUUGUCCCAGAUGAGCUGUACAACAUUUUGGCCUGGACAUCCGGAGCGAGCAAUGAGCCCAAAGAAUCUGGGAAAGUUAAAGUACCCGACGAGAUGCAUCACCGUCUGCUGUCAAUUGCCCAGGAUAUCAUGCGCCUGAGAGCCGAAGGAAGAAUACUCCUUCCAAAACACACACCCUAAUCAGGAGUCCUGACACGGGUGUAUUUGUGAUUUGGAGUCGCUGUGUCCCAACACAUUGGAGCAGACUUAUUAUUGCACACUGGAAGAGGCAACAGUAGAAGGAGUCUAUCAGAGAUUAGCUCACAUCUGGGACCAGCUGUGUUGACUGCAGAAACUCUCUUACUGCAAAACACUUUGAAUCUGAUGAAGAAUAUUCAGAUGAAGAGUCGAUGGAAUGUAAAUCAAAAGAUUGGGAAAAGAAAUGAUGAUAUAAAGUCAACUUUUAGCGUUAAAUGCUUUACUGUG